UUAUCUUAGAUGGAAACGUUUCAGAUCUUGCACCUCGCCGCGAGCUGGCCUACCGGCUCCCACCCACCGCCCUCUCAGGGGACAGGUCCCCCAGUGGGUGAUCGGCCUGCGACACCAGCCAUAUCCGAUACACGCGUGCUGGCCACGCAAAAUCCGCCGGCAGACGUUUACGCCGCGUCUAAGGACGGAACACUCCUUGCGCCGCCUCCACGCAUUCGCGCCGCCGCGGCGCAUAUCGUCUUCGCUGCGCGCGAGUCGAGCGCAUUCAUCACACCCGCCGAGGUUGAGGAGAUCGAGAACUGGACGGGUCGCAGCAUCCUCGAGGCAUUGGCCCGUUUCUACAUUGCACCAGAGGUGACGUCUCGCGCACAUCAUCAAGCAACCACUUUUGCUGAUUGUCUUUCUUUCUCCGUGCCAGCGUCUACACGCGGACUCGGGGAGUGUAUGGGAGCAGUCGAACGUCACGACCGAUCCGUAAGUAGAUCGCGUUGUCCGCUUGUCCCCCUAUGAUGUAGACUAGUAUCUGGAACACGGCUGGCUGCAGAUUGAAUUGUCCUUUUUGAAUUGCGCUCCUCGACAUACAUAACACGAUCUUUGCUUUAGAGUGCGGAUCAGCCA